CUCCGGACGAAAAAAUUGACGACCAAACGACCUCGACAAACUCCCCCGUCUACCUUACUUCCCACCACCCCAGCACACACUUCGCCCGCGCCCCGGCCAUUCAUCAUCAUGGCUUCCGUCCCGAGUGUGCAAUGCUUCGGCAAGAAGAAGACGGCCACCGCUGUCGCCCACUGCAAGCAAGGCAAGGGUCUCAUCAAGGUCAACGGCCAGCCCCUCUCUCUGGUCCAGCCUGAGAUCCUCCGCUUCAAGGUCUACGAGCCCCUCCUGAUCGUCGGCGCCGACAAGUUCUCCGGAGUCGACAUCCGUGUCCGCGUCACCGGUGGUGGUCACACCUCCCAGGUGUACGCGAUCCGUCAGGCCAUCGCCAAGUCCAUCGUCGCCUACUACCAGAAGUACGUCGAUGAGCACUCCAAGAACCAGCUCAAGCAGGCUCUUGCCCAGUACGACCGCACACUCCUCGUCGCCGACAACCGUCGUACGGAGCCCAAGAAGUUCGGUGGUCGCGGUGCCCGCUCUCGCUACCAGAAGUCCUACCGUUAAACGCGGUCACCUCCAAAACUUCUGUGUUUGUGUCUCUGGUCGCCGGCUGCCUCCGCGUGUGCGUGGCGGUGGUCCAAAAAAAAGUGUUUACGUUCCCCUAUCUCCUACCGGGAGGGGGCUUCAUGGCAAAAGGGAUACGCAGAAUGCUGGUGUCGGUUUAACGGUGUACGACUGGGGUGGAGAGAUCUGGUGUGGUGGUCCCAUCCCACCGCUGCGCAAUCUAAUUCAUCCAUUGAGGAAGGUUUGGUUGGGUUGCUACAGUGGUUGUAUGGAAAUUAUGGUGCAAUGCUGGCUCGGUCUUGGCUGGAAUUAGUAUAGGCCUGGACUAUCUCAAAUAUCACCCAAUUUCUUUUUUUGUCA